CGCAAAAAAACCUCUACCCCUGUUCGUUGUGUCACGAGAAGCUGCUCAACUUGAUUUGCUAACGGCGUCAGCGUCUGCCUUCAAGGAGCAGGUUACCUGUUCAUUUAUUUUUUCCCAAAAGCACCGGACUCACUAAGAAACAGGCAAGAUUUGGGGAUCUUGAAGUUUCUUCAUGGCCGUCAGAAGGGGACACAUUAGAUACUUAAAAGAGGUUUAUGACAUGUCCAACGGUUACGAAGACCACGUGGCCGACGAGCCAAAGGAUGCCAAAACAAACCUGAUCGUAAAUUACCUGCCGCAGAGCAUGACACAGGAUGAACUGCGCAGUCUCUUCAGUAGCAUCGGCGAGGUGGAGUCUGCCAAACUCAUCCGCGAUAAAGUGGCAGGUAAUCCUCAUGACAGCACCCGGAGACACAGUUUAGGGUACGGAUUUGUUAACUAUGUUAACCCUAGUGAUGCAGAAAGGGCAAUCAGUACUCUCAAUGGACUGAGACUACAGUCUAAAACUAUCAAGGUUUCCUAUGCCCGGCCGAGCUCGGACACCAUAAAGGAUGCAAACCUGUACAUUAGUGGGCUGCCCAAGUCCAUGACACAGAAAGAUGUGGAAGACAUGUUCGCACGCUACGGGCGCAUUAUAAACUCGCGCGUGCUCGUCGAUCAGGCCACAGGUCUGUCACGAGGUGUGGCCUUCAUUCGGUUUGACAAGAGGGCAGAGGCAGAGGAUGCCAUUAAGGACCUGAAUGGUCAGAAGCCCCCGGGUGCCUCUGAGCCAAUCACAGUGAAGUUUGCUGCGAACCCCAACCAGGCCAAGAACUCCCAGCUCCUCACACAGCUCUACCACUCCCAGUCCCGCCGGUUCGGGGGGCCAGUUCAUCACCAGGCUCAGAGGUUCAGGUUCUCCCCAAUGAGUGUGGAGCACAUGGGUGGCCUGUCAGGGGUGAGCGUUCCUGGAAACUCCACCUCUGGCUGGUGCAUCUUCAUCUACAACCUGGGCCAGGACGCGGACGAGGGUAUCCUGUGGCAGAUGUUCGGGCCCUUUGGAGCCGUCACCAACGUCAAGGUCAUCCGCGACUUCAACACCAACAAGUGCAAAGGGUUCGGCUUCGUCACCAUGACUAACUACGAGGAGGCGGCCAUGGCCAUCGCCAGCCUCAACGGAUAUCGCCUAGGGGACAAGAUCUUGCAGGUGUCCUUCAAAACCAGCAAGUCUCACAAGUAAAAAAAAAAAAAAAAAA